AAACGAUACUAGGUGAGAAAGGUGACGUCAGUGCACCAAAAGGUGGUGGCUAAGGUGAAAAUGAAAAACGGGAACCGUGCCAACCAGAAAGUAAACAGACAGGGUGAUGUGUGUGUGUUUUACAAGGUGGCUGCACACACUCAGGAAAGCUCCCUUACAUUAAACUGAACACAGUUUAAAUGGGUCAAAAUACACGUGUGUGGUGUAGUGUGAGAUGGAAGUUCCUGCGUAAAAGGUGUGUAAAUAAAUCUCAUCAUGGUGCCUUCACGUCUGGCUCGAAAGCGAAGUUCCUCUGGACUUUUCUAAACCUGGCACCGUGGGGGAAAUUCAAAUGACUGUCGCAUAAAAGUCACAACUCGAGGAGUCGUCUUUCACUCUGGAAACUGAUGCAAAGAUGAAGUUUUGUGUUUUCAUCACCGUCUGUGUAAUUCUACAAACCAGUCACCAAAACCCUAUAAGAAGGUGGACUAUACUGCCUCAUGUUUUGAUUGCAGAGGUGGAUGGCACUAAGGGCUGGCUGCCUCUGAGCUGCCUGCAGCUAGAGGAGCUGACAAGAAGAGGCAACGAGAGUCUGGAUAUUUUUUGGAAGAAUAACGGAGAGAGUGAAGCCCAAAGGGGAAACGUGUAUCAGGUGCGGCUGCUGGAAAGACAAGGAGGGGGCAACUACACCUGCCACAGCAGGGACGGCUCUCUUCUUAAUUACACCGAGGUCCUGAUCCAAGAAGAGAAAACUAUGAAGAGGAAGAUUCUUGUGAAAACUGGCAAUGAUUAUUUGAAGUGCUCUGCUCAAAAUUACAAUGGGGAGUUAAGCUGCUCUUGGACCUGGCACCACAAUCGAGUUGGCACAGUGCUGUUUAUCAGAGCUCAACGUGCUUAUAACAACAAUAACACCCAGUGCUCUGUGGACACCAGGGGUCAGCACUGGAGCUGCUCCUCACUUCACAGUAAGUUCAGAUGUUCAGUGGACCAGAGUGGAAACAGCAUCUCCUGCCUGGACGAGCAGCACUGCCCCUACGCUGAGGAGAGCCAGCAGAUUCACAUCACAGUUUACGUGAAGACCAAGCACUUCCUGGUGGAGAACUACUCCAGACAGUUUUACUUGUCAAGGAUCGUGAAACCUGACAAGGUGCAAAUCAACAAAGUGAACACCACCAUGAUAGAGUGGAGUUACCCGAGCUCCUGGAGCAGUCCCUUCUCCUACUUCCCCCUCACUUUCCAGGUCGCACAGUUCAAGAGGGAAUGUAAGAGUUGUGUUAACCCUUGCACUGACUCACAAGCCACAAGGAUCAUGACUGUUCAAUCUACAGGUAUGUGUCAGUUUAAGGUCAAGCACAGGUCAAAGGACGUCUGUGUCCGAGCUAAGGAUGCUCUCUGUGACUCACAAUGGAGUGAGUGGAGCCACUUGAGAUUAAAGAUAAAGAAGAAGAACAAAAAGAACAAGAAACAUGUGUAACAGAGGACUGAGAAUCCCAAAACUGGACAUCUCAUAAACAGUUUUUUAUUAUUUGCUUUUUUUUUU